AUGGAGAUUGAAGAUGCAGAGGAUAAUGCAGCUACACUGGAGAUUAAAGCAAAUGAAGAAGUACUAGCACCUUGCUCUAGGGAGAAAAGGCCUAGAGAUGAAGAAACCGAAGAAUUUGAAGCCAUGGCCUUUGAUGGUUUUGAAGCUAUAAGAUACGAAGAGGAGGGGAAACCACAGCCCGUCUUACUACCACCACUGCCACCCGAGUACGCCAUCCAACUCUCGCCGCCGGUGCCGGCCCGUCGUCACCGUAGUAGUGCCUCGCCUUGUCGUCUCUCCGGUACUUCGUCCACGGCAAUAAAGCAUCACGUAUCGGCCGUGAUCUUUGAUCUGGACGACACCCUCCUGGACACUGACAGUGUAACGAGGGGCGUCUUGAACGAUUUCCUGGCGACAUAUGGGAAGUCAGUAGAUGCGGAGAAGGAAGAGGGGAGGCUGGGGCAGAGAUACGUGGAGUACGCGGCUGGGAUCAUCACAGAUUACGGGCUGCCGCUGACUCUCGAGGAAUACUCUCAGGCCAUAUUCCCCUUGUAUCUCAAAAGCUGGCAGAAGGCAAAACCACUUCCCGGGGUUAGAAGACUUCUCAAGCAUCUUCACAAGAAUGGAAUACCACUGGCACUUGCUUCCAACUCCAAGAUGAGAACCAUCGGUCAAAAAAUUAUGAAACUAGAAGAACUUAAAGACUGUUUUUCCGAGGUUCUUGGUGUUGAUCAGGUUUCUCGUGGAAAACCUUGCCCUGACAUAUAUCUGGAAGCUGCCAAGAGACUCGGUGUAAGUCCAUCAUCAUGUUUGGUCAUAGAAGAUUCUCUUGUUGGAAUCCGAGGUGCCAAGGCUUCUGGGGCAAUGGUAGUCGCUGUUCCAUCACUCCAAACUGAAAGGCAACGUUACUCAAUUGCCGAUCUUGUCCUCUGUUCACUGCUGGACUUCCAUCCCGAACUAUGGGGUCUUCCUCCAUUUGACGACCGCAUUCAAGGUGCAUUGCCCAUGGAACCAUUGUACUCAAAUGCUCACAUAGGAAAUGUGAUCUCAAACAAUAUUCAUAUGAUAGUAGCAGGUGAACAUACCUAUGAUUCUGUUCCUGGCCAAUUAUCAGGAAUUGUUUUUGGUUGGGCCAAGUUAGAACAACAUGGAGUAUCUAAGGUGGUGGUCAGCAUUGGGUGGGACCUUUCUCCGUCGGCUGUUGGAAGAGUGAUGCACAUGUGUUUCCUUGAUCCCUGCUGCAAUGCCAAAGCGGGAGAGCCACUUGAGCUACUGUUAGUUGGUUACAUCCGGGAGCUCCAAAGCACUGGAAGUACUACUGCAUCUCAAGCAUUGAGCAGUACUGAGGAAGACCAGAGCAUCGCGAGGGAUGCACUGGACCUCCCAGCUUUCUCCGGACUAGAGGAGCUAACGCUCUUCAGUGCGACUGGGAAGGAAUCUUCUGAAUGAUUUGCCCCAUUCCUUCUUACGCAGUGGGCGGUGUAGUGUGUUUACUGGAUGUGAUUGCAUAAAUCUAGAAUGCACACGAUCAGCUGCGAGUUAGAAGCCACAUCUCCAAGCCUUCUAAAAACACGGAGUUGCUAUAGCUGAUGCAAUAAAAAGAUGUAAGAUAAGUUUGUUU